UUUGGCCUGGGGGCCAUGAGUCGCGGGGCUGUCCUGGCCCUGGCAUUGCUGGUAUACGCGGGCUACCUGACGCUGGGAGCCCUUGUGGUAUCGGCGAUUGAGCGGCCCCAGGAGAGCCGGCUGCGCGCUGAGCUGCGGGCGCUGAAAGGGGAGCUCUUGGAGAGCAGCCCGUGCCUGGACGACCGGGCACUAGAGCACUUCCUGACGCGGGUGCUGGAGGCCGGGCGCCACGGGGUGUCGGCUCUGCACAACGCCACGGCGCCCACCAGCUGGGACUUCGCCUCAUCGCUCUUCUUCGCCAGCACCCUCAUCAGCACAGUGGGUUAUGGCUACACCACCCCUCUGUCGGAUUCAGGCAAGGCCUUCUCCAUCUUCUUCGCCUUGCUCGGGGUGCCGUUUACCAUGCUGGUGCUGACAGCCACAGCCCAGCGCGUGGCCUUGCUGGUGACCCAUGCCCCACUAGGCUGGCUGCAGUUCCGCCGAGGCUGGGACCCAAGGCUGCUUGCCCGUUGGCACCUGGUACUGCUACUGCUGGGAGUGCUGACCUUGUUCUUCCUGGUACCGGCUGCCAUCUUCACCUACCUGGAGAAUUCCUGGACUUUCCUCGAUGCUUUCUACUUCUGCUUCAUCUCCCUGUCCACCAUUGGGCUAGGGGACUAUGUGCCCAGUGAGCAGGAAGGUCAGAAGAACAGGGCCCUUUACAAGGUUCUGGUCACAGUGUACCUGUUCCUGGGGCUGGUGGUCAUGGCCCUAGUUCUCCAGACCUUCCGGCGUAUGGCCGACCUCCAUGGAUUGACUGAACUCAUCCUGCUGCCCCGGGAGUGCCAGGCUGAUGAGGAGGAGGAUGAGCACACAGACAUCCUGGACUCUAGGGUUCAGCCCACUCAACAGCAGCUCAACUCAGGCACCCACUCAGACUAUGCUGCUAUCCCCCGGUAGCCCCUACCCUCUCCCCCUGCCCGAGGCCCUGCCUUGGGGGCCAGGUAUGGGCCUGGGACAAGACUGAGCCCCCUUUUAUCCUCACUACGACUAUCCCCUCUGUCUAAUCCCUGAGCCCUGCUGUCCGUUGGCAUGGGGUAAUAUUACAAGCGUUUGGUUUUUUUGCACUUCAGAAGUGUUCACCAUCUCAUUCAAUGCCAGCUGUACCCAUGUACUUGGGGGGGAAAGGGCUGGGAGAAAAAGGAAUGGAGUGGGAAGGUAGUCUGGCUGGCUCCCAAUUCCCAUACUCACAAGAAUCUUUCAGGCUUAGGGUGAAGCCUAGGGUGAAGAGGAGUUAAAUGCCCUUAUUUACAAGACUUGGGAGAUGAGCAAAAAGGAAGAGGAAGACAAGGUCCAAUUUGGGAAGAGAGGGGUUGGGAUUUCUGAGUUCUGAUCUUGUACAGCUAACGCAAGUUAGCCAUAAAGUCACUUUCUCCAA